GAUGCCGGCGCAAGUUUGCGGCAUCGCGGUGGUUGGUAGAUCUGGAGCGGUCUGCCGAGGCCGUCCACUUUUCCCCAGUUGCUUUCCCGCAGAAGCAGCCGAGUUACGUAAUAAUAACGAGAAAGCUCACCCUUGCUCCCUGCGAGCCGCCCAUACUCCCUACGCGCCACCCACACGGAGCAGCCUCUACCCGAGGUGUCCGAAUUUUUUGUCCUCCAGGUGGCCACCUGACCACCUUUCCGCCUCCCGCACGGCUGGGAAUUCGUUCCCUCCUGCGACGUAGGUCGGAAGUUAACGUAGUUUUCGAUAAGCUGUUGAGUGGUUUCGGAAGGAUUGAGCGGUCCUGCAAAUCCCUAGCAACGCGUCUUGCUUCUGCGCACGGGCUCGGAGGCUCGCGGGCUCGGAGGCUCGCAGGCUCGCAGGCUCGCGUGCGAUCCGGGAUCGGAUCCACCCGUGACCCACCGCCAUGGCCAAGGAAGGCACUGCGGCUGCAAGUGUAAUGGACGUCAAUACGGCUCUGAAAGAGGUGCUGAAGACCGCCCUGGUCCACGACGGCCUCGCGCGAGGAAUCCACGAAGCUGUCAAAGCCUUAGGCAAGGGCCAAGCCCGCCUGUGUGUGCUCGCAACCAAUUGUGAUAAACCUAUGUACAUCAAGUUGGUAGAAUCCCUCUGUGCGGAGCACCAGAUCCACCUCCUGAAGGUGGAUGACAGCCGGAAACUAGGGGAAUGGGCAGGCCUAUGCAAAAUCGAUCGGAAGGGGAGACCCCGUAAAGUGAUAGGUUGCACCUGUGUGGUGGUGAAGAACUAUGGGAAAGACUCUCAGGCCAAAGAUGUCAUUGAAGAGUACUUCAAAUGCAAGAAAUGAACGGCAACCACAAAAGUGGCGCAUUUUCUUUUAAGUUCCAAAAAAUGUAGACAAAUAGUAUUAUCUCAAAGUCUUGAGUUUUCGCCGGAAAUGGCAGCACUUUUUAGGUUUUCUUCCAAAUGUAAAUUUCGUGUAUUAUGGUCUUAUUUAUAAUGGAAAUUUUCAUCUAUUUGGAAGUUUAAGAACUGCAUGAGAUUUGGUCUAGCAUUAUUAAGGUUUAAUUGACAAAAUCGUAUGUAUGCUGCACAGUGUUAAUGUUUUG